GGGAGGAAGGACUGCUGUUGGAGACUGAGUAUAGAACGAUCAUCACAGACUGCACCCAAAGACUUCCACCAUGACUAUUAUAACCAGCCUGAUUCUGAUUACAGUGUUCUUAAGAAGUAUUAAAUGUCAGACUCUGACUGAGUCUGAACCAGCAGUUAAAAAGCCUGGAGAAUCCCACAAACUGACCUGUACAGCCUCUGGGUUCACAUUCAGCAGCUACUAUAUGAGCUGGAUCAGACAGGCUCCUGGGAAGGGACUGGAGUGGGUGGCCAGCAUCGAUAGUGGUGGUGGCAGCACAUGGUAUGCCAGUACACUAAAGGGAAGAUUCACCAUCUCCAGAGACAACAGCAAGAACCAGCUGUAUUUACAGAUGAACGGCCUGACAGCAGAAGACACUGCUGUAUAUUACUGUGCCAGAGACAGUGGGGGCUACUUUGACUACUGGGGACAGGGGACCAAAGUCACGGUGUCUUCUGGUACAAAAUCCCCUCCAAGUGUCUUCCCCCUGAUUUCCUGCGGUCCUGGAUCCAGCGGUUAUGUCACAGUGGGCUGCAUGGCCAAAGAUUUCACGCCUGACCUUUUGACCUUCAAAUGGAAUCGCAAAGGAGGAGCGGCAUUGGCGGACACAGACUUCCUUCAGUAUCCAUCAGUACAGAGCGGUGAAGUAUUCACCGCUGUCAGCCACGCCGUGGUGAAAGCAGCCGACUGGAACCAAAAGCAAGCCUACGAAUGUUCGGCAGAAUACGAUGGGAAAAGCACGACAGUAGAGAUAAAGAUGCCUGAAGCUGAACCGCCAAUUAUUCCCAAAAUGUCACUGUUCCUCGAGAUGAGGAGUGACUCAGCAAAAGCCAAAACAGUCACUUUGGUCUGCUCACUGACCGGCUUUUACCCAAAAGAAAUCACAGUAGAAUGGGAAGAGGACACAAUACCUAUUCAAGACUCUAAAACAGUGAGACAAACGAAGGACGAUGAUAAAACGUUCAGCCAAACCAACCAGCUGGACAUUGACAAUGAAAAAUGGCUUUCUGGCUCAGAGUAUACUUGCAAAGUUACCCAUAAAUCAAACUCAGAAAAACUCUCCACCAGCAUUUGCUCAACUCAUCCCACUUCUCCACCAUCUCUGCAAUUGGAGAGUGCUGAAAGAAAUGAUGGUUUCACAGUCACCUGUAAAGUGUUUACCGCCUACAAAAGCAAAGUUCGUUGGAUCAGUGAUGGAAGUACGACAGAAGAUUCAAAAGAAUAUGAAGAACUGAAGGACUCCGAAAACAGACUUCAGGGAUUUCAACACCACUUACCUUUGACCAAGGACAAAUGGAAAUCUGUGAAGUCACUCACAUGUGAAGUCCAACACAAAUGUUUCGGCACUGUAAGGGGGACCAUAAACAUAACAGCUCUAAAGCCCACUUUUCCCAGUAUGAUAAAACUGUACCGCCAGCUCGGGAGUGACCCAGCAGAAGCCAAUAAGGUCACUUUGGUCUGCUCACUGACCGGCUUUUACCCAAAAGAAAUCACAGUAGAAUGGGAAGAGGACAAAAUACCUAUUCAAGGCUCUAAAAAUGCGAGGAUUAUGGUGAACGAUGAUAAAACGUUCAGCCAAACCAACCAGCUGAACGUUGACAAUGAAAAAUGGCUUUCUGGCUCAGAGUAUACUUGCAAAGUUACCCAUAAAUCAAACUCAAAAAAACUCUCCACCAGCAUUUGCUCAACUCAUCCCACUUCUCCACCAUCUCUGCAAUUGGAGAGUGCUGAAAGAAAUGAUGGUUUCACAGUCACCUGUAAAGUGUUUACCGCCUACAAAAGCAAAGUUCGUUGGAUCAGUGAUGGAAGUACGACAGAAGAUUCAAAAGAAUAUGAAGAACUGAAGGACUCCGAAAACAGACUUCAGGGAUUUCAACACCACUUACCUUUGACCAAGGACAAAUGGAAAUCUGUGAAGUCACUCACAUGUGAAGUCCAACACAAAUGUUUCGGCACUGUAAGGGGGACCAUAAACAUAACAGCUCUAAAGCCCACUUUUCCCAGUAUGAUAAAACUGUACCGCCAGCUCAGGAGUGACCCAGCAGAAGCCAAUAAGGUCACUUUGGUCUGCUCACUGACCGGCUUUUACCCAAAAGAAAUCACAGUAGAAUGGGAAGAGGACAAAAUACCUAUUCAAGGCUCUAAAAAUGCGAGGAUUAUGGUGAACGAUGAUAAAACGUUCAGCCAAACCAACCAGCUGAACGUUGACAAUGAAAAAUGGCUUUCUGGCUCAGAGUAUACUUGCAAAGUUACCCAUAAAUCAAACUCAAAAAAACUCUCCACCAGCAUUUGCUCAACUCAUCCCACUUCUCCACCAUCUCUGCAAUUGGAGAGUGCUGAAAGAAAUGAUGGUUUCACAGUCACCUGUAAAGUGUUUACCGCCUACAAAAGCAAAGUUCGUUGGAUCAGUGAUGGAAGUACGACAGAAGAUUCAAAAGAAUAUGAAGAACUGAAGGACUCCGAAAACAGACUUCAGGGAUUUCAACACCACUUACCUUUGACCAAGGACAAAUGGAAAUCCGUGAAGUCACUCACAUGUGAAGUCCAACACAAAUGUUUCGGCACUGUAAGGGGGACCAUAAACAUAACAGGUGAAACAUCUGUCGAGCUUUACCUGCAGCAAGGCCCACAGAGACCAGGAAGGAAGGUCCAAAAAGGUCUCUGUCUGGUCUCUGGAUUUAACCCUCAAGUCAGAUGGCAGUUGGAAUCAGUGGAAAAGCCAGCAGCAGCCAGCAGGACUGUGACAGCAAAGAAUGGACGCACCGUAGUGGCAAGUGAGAUAGAGGUGCUACAGCAAGAGUGGAUCAAAGGUGUCCUCCUCACCUGUGUGGUUGAGGACCAGGCUCUGGUCAAACCAAUCUCCAAGAACGUCAGCAUAUGCACACUGACUCCGCCCUCCUCUCAGACAGCAGAGCUGUUCCUGACUGGGCCCCCGCUCCGGGACACGCGGAAACAGAAGGGCCUUCCUUUCGUCUGUCUGCUGGUCGGCUUUGACACAAGCUACUUCACCAUCACCUGGAAGGUGAACGGGAUGCGCCCUCUGGAGGGAGACAAGAGGGAGCCGCCGAGCAGGAAUGACAACGGAACGGAGACCGUGCGCAGCACGCUUGACGCCAAGAGGAGCGACUGGCGCGCAGGCUCUCGAAUCACCUGCGAGGCCAGGCACUUGUGCUCUGACAAGCCCUUAGAGAGGCAUCUGGUGAAAGCUAAAGAUACCAGGCCACCCACAGUCAAGGUCCUGGCCCCGUCUGACUCCGAGCUGGUGGAGUCCAGCAAUGCCAGCCUCCUGUGCGUGGCGUCCGAUCUCUCGCCCUCCCAAGCGGAUGUACACUGGGAGCUGAAUGGGGAGCGGCUCCCGGCGUCCCGUUACUCCAGCAGCCCGCCGCUCCAGGUCGUCGGGAGCAACAACUACGUCAUGCACAGCUGGCUGCUGGUGCCGGGGUCCGAGCGGGCAAAGGGCGGGUACUCCUGUGUGGUCACGCACGACUCAUCAGAGACGCCAGUGAACCACACCAUAUCUGAUGUGUUCGCCUCGGUGACCCGCACCCCACCCCACGCCGUGUUGCUGUGGCUCGACGGGGGACUGAUCUGCCUGGUCCACGGGUUCAGUCCAGCCGCCAUCAAUGUCACCUGGGUCCUGAACAGCAGGGAGGAGCUGCUGGAGUACAACACCAGCGAUGUGUCCAGAGGGGCUGAUGGGAAGUUCACCAUCUGGAGCUACCUGCGGGUUUCCUGGCAACCUGGGGCCAGGUACACCUGUACGGUGGCCCACGUCACGAAGAAUCUGUCAAUCACUAGGAGCCAGCCAGACAUCGGCGCAGAGAACGAGUACUUCAACGAAAACACACAGGAGCCACCGUCAGCUGACAGCCCUGAGGAACUGUGGAACACUGUCUAUGCCUUCCUCGGCAUGUUCAUCAUCGCUCUAUUCUACAGCAUCACUGUGACAUUAGCACUGAUGAAAUAACAAGAAGAUCACAUCCUGUGGUAGUGAUAUUUUUAAUGGGGAAAUACUUCAUGUUUUUCAAACCAACUGGUACUAAGAAAUUAUUCAGUUGUACCUUUGUUGUUGUUUUUUAAUGCUUGCUUUUUAAUUAGUAGCUCUUCUCCAAUUUGUCUAGCUCUGCUUUUUAGUUCAAUUGCAACCUUAAUUUGUCCUUUGUCUUAUUUUAAAAUAAUCAGGACUACUUAUGAGGAAUCUGGCUACAGACAUUAAAUGAUGAUAUGGUAUAUUUUUGGGGCUUGGUGACUUUAUCUUACACAAGCAAUUUUACGUCACUUAUAGUGUUUCUGUGCGAAAUCUCCAUCAAUACGCAUGCUAGACCUCGGCUGAAUUUACCCCCAAAUCAAGUGCAGAGCCAGAAUAUCAUCGCACUGACACAAGUAAUACAAGUAAUAAUGUAUCAUUCCUUUCAAUGCUGUAUUACUGUA